CUCUGUUUCAUCUUAUCCACACACACUCCUGCUUCCUUUCCAGCCAUGGCGGAGCAGGAGAAGUUGAGGGGCGGAACAGGAGCGGGGAGGGCGGGUCGGAGAGGGAGGGAGAGAAGGAGAGCAGCAGAAAGUGCGGGAGCAGGCGCCCGGAGACGGAGAGCGAGUGGAUGAGCGAGGAGGGGCGCUGGAGGAAGAGGAGGCGCGUGGAUCCUGGCAGGGAGGGUCCAGAUCCGGUCGAGGGCGGGGCGACCGGCGGCGGCGGCGGCUUCAACUCCGGGGUGGCAAGUUUGCUUCCUGAGAGAGCAAAGAGUGAGCUGAGAGACAUGGAGAGAGAGCACGGGAGGGAAGGAGAAUGGAAGAGGGAGGCGGGCCGUGGUUGGUUCUCCGGCGGCACUGGAUCGGUGCACGGGCGCGGAGCUCCUGCUGGGGACGCGAAGAUCCAGGGAGGCACUCGGGUGCGAGGCUGCGGGUCAAUGCAGAGAUGGCGCUGCUCCUGCAACUUUGAAGAAGGCGCCGAGACGUCAUCUACAUCCGCAGGUUUGGGUCCAUCUAUAACAUGCUUGACCGGGCGAUCACGCGGCCGUCGAGCACUCUUAUCUACUGGUCAUAAGCUCUUACCAACUAAGGGUGUGGAGAAGUAUCGUUCAGAAAGGAGAUACAGUGGUCGAUGCCACCUGCGGGAAUGUCAACGAUACGCUCGCUCUGCUCUGCUCAAGAUGGUGGCUGAUGAAAGCGGGCGAGGGCGUUUCUAUGGAUUGGACAUCCAAGACUCCGCGAUAGACAGCACUUCCUCUUUUCUGAAAAUGGCCGUCGACAGCCAUGAGAGGGAGCUAGUCAAAUUGUUUUGCAUAUGUCACAGUAGAAUGGAGGAUAUCAUUCCAAAAGAUUCUCCUGUGAGGCUUGUAGCAUUCAAUCUGGGCUACCUUCCAGGAGGAGAUAAACAAAUAAUCACAGUACCUGAGACAACUGAGCUGGCACUACAAGCUGCCAGCAGAAUUGUUGGCUCAGGGGGACUCAUAAGUGUCCUUGUCUACAUUGGGCAUCUGGGUGGAAGGGAUGAACUCGAUAUUGUUGAAUCAUUUGCGUCAAGCUUGCCUGCUGAUACAUGGGUGAGCUGCAAGUUUGAAAUGAUUAACAGGCCAAUUGCUCCAGUACUAGUUCUCCUACACAAAAGAUGAUCACAAUCCCACUGAAGCUCCACAAGUUUGGGACUCCCUAUUCUGGAUUUCCGGUUGAUGAAUGAAAUGCCGCAAUGCAUACUGUGAUGCUGAUUUUCUGAUUAUGGUUAAUUAGUUAGAGAAAGAAAUUCUGUGAAGGCUACAGUUAACUGUAACCGGAUGAUUACAAUGUUCUUGUGAUUGCUGACAAGAAUUUUACUCAACCAAAUAUCGUUUUAUUAAGGUGUUCCCCGUCUUGUUUUUCA